CGGUUGGCUAGCCUAUGUUGUUUAGUAGAUCCACCAGUACCAAAGUGAGGAUACAGUCAGUGAUACUAACUUUGUCACAACUUUUUGGAAAAUGGUUUAAUGUUGUUUAUGUUUAGGUAGAACUACUUAGAUUCUAGCAUGACUGUUCCUACUUUUGGCUGUCAGGGGUAGGCAUGUCUGUAAUCUGGUUGUAACUUGAAUUUUUAAAAUUUCCUUUGAUAAUAUGGAUACAUAAUUCUAAAAUCAUUCAAGUGAUGAUCUUUUUAAGCUUGAUGGAAUGAAUAAAACCUGAAGUGGCUACAGUUGGAUAUAGCACCUUACCACAAGCCCCUGUUGAAGGAGUUGCUAUGAAGAUGUGGAUCCUCUGCUUGGCUGUGUUGCUGCAUCUAGUGUGCCCAGCUGCUACAACUUGCAGCUUGGUUAUAUUGGAUGAAAAUGGCAAACUUACAAACAGCACCAUUUGUCUUGAAGAAUAUGGCACUAGUAAUUGCAUUCAAUUUGUAAAUACAUUCAACACAUCUUUUCUGCCACCUGGAUAUUUGGAGCAACAACUGGAUGUACAGAAACCAGCUCAGAUGGACCUCAUUAGCCUUAACUCUAAUACCACUGACAACUCCGGAGUACAGUGGAUAGUUCCUGGAAUGUCAGUGAGGUGGAACCCCCCUAUAACAGGCUCUGCAAAAAAUGCUUUGGAAGGAUACCUCCUUACCUGGGAUGCCUUGAAUCAAGGUGUUAGAUGCAGGCUUUUUAAGUUUGACAAAAACCAUGCUGAUAAAUUGAGGAAUCUCAACUUUAAGUACAACAUAGCUUCUUUACCUCCAAGUGCAAAUUUAACUUUCCGAAUAUACAGCAUGCCUCCGCCUGAACCAAAUAAAAAGGAUGAUAACAACUUUUUUGUUUCAAUGCGAGCAACAAGUUCAACUGGAAAUAAGCUGUAUUCUGAACCUGGCAAAUGGUCUCCAACUGUUUCUGUCAGAACUUACAGCUAUGGUAAAAUAGAUGUGAGGUUCACUCUGUCACCUAUAAGUUAUAAUCUCACAAAUUUUCAAGUUCUACUCAUGAAAACAAGCGUUGAUCUGAACAACUACUUUAAAAUGGAACGCUACACUGGAGAGUUGUAUACGCCAGAUAUUUCAGAGGGUUUAGUAUCUUUUGAUGGUUUGGAGUCUGAUUUCUAUUCUGUGAUUGUGAGAGUAAUUGAUACCUACCCAAAUGAUAAAGAAAAGUGUUACUGCUGGUUAAAUGAUGGAGACAAAUAUUGUGCCAAUACCUGUGGUACUACCAGAACUGAAGCCUUUUAUUUAAAUGUCACAGAAACACCACCAACCUCAAGUGUGGCAACACCACCACCCUCAAGUGAGGCAACACCACCACCAACAAGGGACACACAGACAACAUCAACUCUUGGGCCAAGCCCUCCAGCAAAUGAAGGAUCAAGUUUAACUGAACAAGAGAAAAUUAUCAUUGGCGUGUGUGUAGGAUUAGUCCUCUUCUUUAUUGUUGUAAUACUGCUGUUGUGCUUGAUAAACAAACUAUGCCCGCUCUCAAAUAUUAAUUUUGUGAAGUCUUGCUUACAACGGUUCGACAACAAUAAAAAAUGGAAACCAUCAUUUCAGCAGACGAGUAAUCUAGAUAAUGGAAAGUUUACAGUUACUGAGCCAGUAAUUAAAAUGCCAGCGCUAAAGAAAAAGAGUGUCUACAUCAUGUCUGCCAUGGAUCACAACAAACACGAUCAACUGGUCAAUUCUUUUGUGGUCUUUCUUGAGAGACAUUGUUAUUGCGAUGUUAUCUACCCUCCUCAUGCUACCCUGAGUGAAGGAGCCUAUGCCUGGUUUAUAAAAAACAUUGAAACUGCUGAGAAAAUUAUUUUAAUUGAUUCCUUGGGCGCAUUAGAGGAAGCAGACAUUCAUUUGAAAAACUCAUCACGUAAAAGACAUGACCUAGGACCAGAAGGGUUGCUAUUUUCCUUGGCAUUGAAGCACAUUUUCAUCAAAGGCAUGGACAAUGUAAUACCUAUCCAUUUUGACAAACAAGGUUGCUCCAAAUAUUUGCUGAAACCACAUUCUUAUAAAAUUCCAGAAGAGUUACCCAUGUUUUUAAAAGAACUGCAUUCUCUUGAUGGAAAAAUAGCCUCUACUGGUGUUUACACUAACUUCUUGCCUAUGUGCAAAGAAAACAUCCAAAAUUUACCAGAGGGAAAGAAUCUUUUGUCUGCCAUUCAGUUAUCAAAAUCAUACGAGGCUGACAACCCAGACUGGAUAAAACAUGUGUACACUGAUCGUACAUCUCCAACUGCUCCACCAUUCCAGACCAUGAUUUCAGCCUCUGGCGACUCUGGUAACUACUCUGAUCUGGACAGGACUUCAUCUGUGUCCACUCAAGAUCUGACCAUCUCCGGCCCUACAAGCCCAACAUCAGAUUUUGAACAAAUCUGUUUUUCACCGGACAGGGAACUAGAGCUGAGCAUUUUUACUGUUUGUACAGAAUUUCCUCAACCACCACAGCCUUACAUUGCUGAUGAUACAUUCAGUCAAGCCGUGGCUAAAAUCAACAGGGAAAGUGCCGAGGAUUUUGACACUGUAACUGAAGUAACGUCCUAUUCAGUUGAUGGUCAAAGAAUUAUUGCCCCAUGCACAGUGUCAACAACUGGGGAUGAUUUGAGCACCUGUUUCAGAGCUAUCAACCAACAGUAUGAGAACAAUGCCCAGUCCAUCAAUCAAGAUGGCUGGCAGUCCAUCAAUCAAGAUGGCUGGCAGAUUCAGAAUAACGUCUAAAAGUGUGAAGUUUUGAAUCUGUUGUUCUCCUGUUAAAACAAAAACAACUUCAGUGAGUGAACUGUGUCUGUUGGAUUUCUUAACUGGUGUUACCAAUAAUUGUAGAGGUAAAGGAAGGUAACUGUGGAUUGGACAGAACACAAACUCUGAUCAUCUACUAACAAAGUAGAUUAGGAGAUAAAAAAUACUAUGGAUAUGCAUAAAACAAUGGAUUUUACUAUUGUAAAUGGAUUAUAGAAGACAUACAAAUUUAAGAUAAUUUUUAAAAAAAAACAUCUUCUUUUACUAUCCUUACAGUUGUUAAAUUUUGAAAUUGUUUGUCUUUAAAUUAAAUAAUUGUAGAGCAUAUGUAUUUUAUUACUUAUAAUGCAUGCCAUUAUCUUAAGAACCACAUAUAAUAAUUGCAAGCAUGUGGCACUGAAAGCUGCAUUCUUUUUCUUAUUGGAAGUAAGAAAAUUCAUCUAGGUAUCUACUUUAGAUCUGUGAUCUGAACAAGUUAGAUUAAAAUACAAACAGUGGAUCUGUUUGUUUAUUCAGCUCCGUUAUCUUUUCUGUGUAACAAGCAAGUAAUUGCACACAAACCAAAACUGAUCUGGUGAAACGCAACCAUGUUUGCUUCGACAGCCUCCAGAGAAAUUAAAAUGUUUGACUGAAAUCUUUUGUCAUUGAGGCAAGUGGUUUAACCUAUACUGAUAAAAUAGGAAGUGACAAAAUUACUGCCAAAAUUCUCUUAUGUUUCAUCACUAUCACACCACUUUUCACAGGCACAUGAAUCUUUUUUUUUUUCAUUUUCUUGAGUCCCACUAGAAAAACUGGAUCAAGUUAUAUUUCUUUUUAAAGCUGUUAGUUACUGGUUUAUGAUUUUGGGAUUUGUGCCAUAAUAUAUAGGAACAAGUAGUCUAUACAUUAAAACUGAUAACUUCAACAUUUGUAAAAUGACCAUGACAAUAUGUGAAUGUUAGAUAUAAUUUAAAAUUUGAUAACAAAAAAUAUUAUAAAUGUAAAUUAUUAUUCUGGGGAUAUUUACUCUGAUCUAGAAAGGAAAAUACUCUUAUGAUUUACUGCAGGAGUACAGCCUGUCCGUAAAAUAUUCAGCCCCAAGUAUACUAAAUACACAAAGUAGUUAUUCUGAAUACACAAAGUACUUUUACUUAUUUAAAAAUUAAAAUCCAUUCAGAUGUUAAGAUGACACAUGUCACUUGGCCAAAUUAUUUUUAAUGUGCCUUCCUUUAAUGAAUUAGUUUCAAAAGAUUAUCCUUGAGCUUCUAUUUCAAGAUGUUGAACUGUUACCAAACCUUGUGAUACUUAAUGUACUUCAUUUCCAAAACAUUUAAUUAAGCCUUCGUGUUAAAACAAAAUUUUUGCUUCAGACUCAUAAUUUAGUGUGUUAGCAGGAAAAAAAAUCUUCCAAUGCCCAAGCUACUAUGUUAAAGUAGAUUUCAGGGAUGAUAUGUGCUUAUCUUGCCAAUUAAAGUAAUUAUCUACUUUAUGUUAAAAGCAAUUAGUGUCAUGACUCUUCCUUUUUUUAGUAAGAUUUUUACAAGUAAUAAACCAUCAGUGGUUUGCUUAGUAGUUAUGAAUUGGAAAUAAUAUACAAGGUUGAAUAGAGGAAAAAAUCUGUUCUCUGUAUAUGAUAGAUUAAUUGUUGACAUUUGUAUUGCAUUUCUGUGGUUAUAAAAUAUUUUAGAUAAUCUUAAAUUCAUAUUAAAAUUGUAUAUUAGUUUUAUUACUAAGUAUGUUGAAAAUUGUCAUCAUCAUUACAUAUAUAUAUCAUGAACAUAUCAAGGCGGUAAUUUAAAGAAGCUGAUUUAUUUUAUUUUUUUUUUGCUUGGUCUUCCACUAUUUCUUGAUUUAAGAUUGCAAAGCUGUUUACAUGUCCUUUUUUUUUUAAACAAAAAAUCUAAGCCUUAUAACCAGACAAGCUUAGUGGCAAUUAAAUGUAGCAUCAUACGUUUGAAUCUCUAAAAUUGAUUACAUUAUUUUUAGUACUGACUGAUUAUCUAAUCUUGUAGUACUGACUGAUUAUCUAUUCUUUGUAGUCAUUCUCUUUCCUUUAAUUUAUGAAGUUUCUAAAAAAAAGUUCAAGUUGUUUUUAUUGCUACAUUAUUUUUUUAUUAUUGUUCUUUUACUAUGCAAAACUGUGCAAGGCAGCUGUCAUAACAUAUAUUUUUUUGUGAAUACAACUUUUCAACAACAAAAAAUUGUAUAUCUAAAACUAGAAGUAAACUUUUAGAAGUGUGAAAUAUUACUUUUAAAAUAAAGACAGAAAUUAGUGUUAUAAUUUUUUUUUAAAUCUUUUUUUUUUCAUCCACCCACCCCCUUGUUAGUGGUAUUUGAUUUAUUGAGUAGCAAUAGUAAUACACUCACAUGUCCAAUCUUGCAACCUAUUUGUGAAGUGGCCCAACAUUUAUAGUGUUGCUGUUUCAGCAACAUACAACAGGGUAGCUCUACUUAAAACUGCAAAUAAGUAAGAGCAAUCUGUGUAUUUUGCAUCGUACUUCUUACUUAUCCAUCAUUAAAACACUAAUAUUGUCCCUCAUUCUUAGAUAUAUGAUUCUUAAAAGCAUUCAAUCACAAGGUUAUAUUAUGUGUUUACUGUUAGGUAGUUUAUAUAUUUAAACUUUUACAACUUUGGUUACAAACCAAUAGCUGUAACAAUGCUUGUUAAUAUUUGUUAUUUUACAUUUUUUGCUAAUUUAUAAGGCAUUCUUGUUUAUUUUACCCUCAGAACUUACUUUGAAAUCAAAAUAAUGCAUAAUAUGUAUCAAGCUAGUUAGUUAACUUUUUUUAUAUUUAAUGGAUGUGAUGUGGGGGGGGGGGUCUGCCCCUGGCAUGGCAGCAUUUUUUAAAACUAUAAAUAUGAGGUGACAAUGGCAUAUCAAGAGUCCAACCCUACGUUGUAUGGGACUGUCACAUCUAGAGUAGUGAUUUUAUUGAGUCCAACCCUGCAUAGUAUGGGGCUGUCACAUCUAGGGUAGUGAUUUCAUAGUCCAACCUUAUGUUGUAUGGGGCUGUCUCAUCUAGAGUAGUGAUUUCAUAGUCCAACCUUAUGUUGUAUGGGGCUGUCACAUCUAGAGUAGUGAUAAUGAGUAAAACCUUAUGUUGUAUGGGGCUGUCACAUCUAGAGAAGUGAUUGCGUCCAACCGUAUUGCUUGAGGCUGUCUCAUCUAGAGUAGUGAUAUCACUGAGAAAAACCAUAUGUUGUAUGGGGCUGUGACAUCUAGAGUACUAGAGUAGUCAUAUCACUGAUUGAAACCCUAUGUUUGGGGCUGUGAUAUCAUUGAGUCCAAUCCUAUGUUGUAUGGGGCUGUGACAUCUAGAGUACUAGAGUAGUCAUAUCACUGAGUGAAACCCUAUGUUUGGGGCUGUGACAUCUAGAGUACUAGAGUAGUCAUAUCACUGAUUGAAACCCUAUGUUUGGGGCUGUGAUAUCAUUGAGUCCAAUCCUAUGUUGUAUGGGGCUGUGACAUCUAGAGUACAAGUAGUCAUAUCACUGAGUAAAACCAAGGGUCUCUAUUGGUGAGACUUGCAAACAUGCUGCACAACAUUUUUAUGAAAAAAUAUAUAUUUACAGUGUUAUGUUUAUUUGUAGGUUCUUGAUUGAAACACCCAUGUGGGACCAAAAUGGGCAGACAAUCUAUUGAGGUCACUAUUUUGUUUUACUAAAAUAUUCCAUCACUGUUUAGUGUUAUGUAACUCUUAGAAAUUGUCAUAACCUUAUCUAGAAACCAAAGAUGUUUUACAGUUGCUGCCCCUGUUUAUCAGAGUUGUUUUAUAUUUUAUUUUUUUUUUUGCUGAUACUUUGCUGUUAUAUUGUAGGAAGCUGAUUUGUGUAGAUGAUGGUUCUAUAAUUGUACAUGUUGAUGUAAAAUAAUAGAUUUUAAUUUUACCAUAUUGGGCAAUAAUAGACAGCUUUUUUUAACAAUAUAUUUUACCCACCAGCAGAUAAAUUUUAAAAAAUAUUCUUGAACCUACUUGGAAUUUUUUUUUUCUGUUAAAUCUUCUCCUGCUUUGUUUUACACAUAAUUUUUUAAUAUAAUGAGCUGUAUUAAAUGAAUUAUUUUAAUAAAAAGUAUCAUGUUUCUUUCUA